UCCGGUUGAGGGGCUCUCUCUCUUAACUCUCUCUGUAUCUUUCAGAGAGAGAGUCCGACUCGAUGGUCGUCCAGCGGUUGUGGCUGGCGAUAUGUUUCCUCCGUAGGGGAUGAGGUUCCGACAUCUGUUGCUUAGUUAGAACAGACUGGUCGGCUUUUGGCUUCGGUGGUAGACGUUCUUCUCUGGCGUUCCCACUGGCUCUUGGCUCCGACGUCUCACUUACUUCUCUGGUGAUGACGACGGCUUCUCUCCGGGAUCCUUUUCCGGUCUGGUUCGAUCUCUGACGUCUCGACUUCCGCUGCGCAGUCGCCUGUGUUCCAAUUUCUGAUUGAUUUUUCCUUCUCUUGGGAAAAUCGUUAUUGGAAUCGUGGUUGUCGAUUGAUGAAGCAGAGAUCUUUUGGCAUGGACUUUGACGUCUUUGGUAGCUCCGUUUUUCGGAUCUGUUCUCGGCUUGGACUGAUUUGAUGCGAUCUGGUUAGUCAGGCUCCGGCGUUUUAGCCUUUGUCGGUGUGGCCUCUUAAUUGCUAAAGUCGUCCGACGGUUUCUUCUCAUCUAUGUCCUGCUCCGGUGUGUUCCGGUGGACUGUCGAUGAGCUGCUCCGGUGACGAUUUUCCGGUCGUUGGUGAUGGGUGUCGAUUGUGCUUCCACGUGCCCCUCCAUCUCUCUUCCGUAAGACGCGUGUUGAGGUUGACUCGACCUCCGUUCCUCCUUUGGGCUAUUUUUUGUGGUUGGAUCCUCUUGGGCCUCUUGUGUUUUUCUUGGUUUUCGUGUGGCUAGACCUUUUGGCCUUUUGUGUUGUAUAGCUUGGGCUUUUAGCCUUUAUAAUAUUAUUAGAUGACAAAAAAAAAAAUAUCAUAUCUAGUUGAGCAAUCCCAAAAGGAGUACAUGAAUUUGAAAGUGUUAUUCUCAAUGUUAGGAGCUAAAAGUCUUACAAUAAGCUAACAUGUAUGAACAUAAUAUUUCUGACAAAACAAAAAAUAUUGAAAUACUCAGCUAUAAGCAUCAGAAUGUUUAUUAUUUGGUUUAGGCAAUUGAAUUAACAAAUUAUCUAAAUUUGGUCGGUUUCACAUAUUUAAAUUAAAACACUGCACAUUCUUUACAAACGAUGAUUUUGAGAAUUUUUGUCUGUAGUAAAAAUAAUAAUCAUAAGAAUGCAAUUACUGGGUCUUACUUGCAUUUUGUGAAAUGGUUGGCAGAUUGUGAAGCUCCAUCACUAAAAACUUGGAGAUCUCGCUCUGAAGAUGCAAUAGAAAUAUCAUAAACCAGAAAGUACUUUAGUGAAGAAGUGUUAUUAAACAAAACAAAACAAAAUAAAACAGAAAGCUCUUGUUGAGUUUUAUUAUUAUACGAGUCUCUCUAUAAACAACUGGUGUACAAUAAUAAACAACCAGAGUAACUUACAUUGCUGAAAUUCAAGGGUUUAACUCAACAACCCAUUAAUGGAGUUAUCAAAUAGAUUCAACGUAAUCAAGAUUGAGCUUGAACUAAGUCAGCAAGAACACCUUUUGGGCCGUCCGUGUUUACAAGAAUUCGAGCAAUGCCAAUAAUUUAAAUUUUCUCUCUUUUUAACUAUCCUUAAUAAAAUAAAAAUCACCCAUUUCAGUCACAUAUUAAUCCUAGAGGAUGGAAAUAUGAGAAAAUGGUAGUAGUCUCCAAAAAAUAUCAGUGACAUGGUUGUUGAAUUGCAUUUAAUUCAUUUUUGUCAAUACAUUUUUUGGAAUUAGUUCUCACCAAACAAAAAAAAAUGGUACUAAAAAUUUCAUGAUUACCAUCUCAACAAUUUUUUCGGAAGCAGACAUGACUUGGGCCUUGAGAUCUACGUAGGCCUAAGAUCUAAAUUCUUUGGGUCAACCACAAUUAAAAAACUUAUUUAGUUUGGACAAAACUGUAUUAGACCCUCAAUCAAACACACAUUUAAGAUAAUACAUAUUACAUAACAUGUGUUACAAAAAAAAAAAAACAUAUUACAUAACAUUGCCUUAAGAAAUCAUAUUGGAAACCUUUGCCUUAGUUGGAUUCUGCUUGCAGCUUUGAGCAGGUGUUCAAUUCUGGUAGAACAGAUGCAGAAAUCCAGAUGGGCUAAAGUUAAAUGAGCUUUUAAUGGGCCUUAAUGACGUGUCAAAAUUGGGAGCGUUCAAUUUAGGGCGCUCACUCGAGAAUGUUCCCGCGUUCACCCGAUGACCUCUUCGGUAAAAGUUAAUUAAUGGGAAGUUAACCGCCCUCACAUAAACCGACGCCACGUGUCACGCAACGCCCUCUUUUUCUUCCUCUGGUUGAUUUCCUUUUUGUCCCAUUUGGCCUUUUUGGGUUUCUCAUUCACAAGGCGCGAUUUAGGUCUCACUCGCAUUUCAAACCCUUCUUCUCCGGCGUAAACCUUAGUUUCGUCUACACCGUAUCUAGCUAUGCUUCCGCACUCGUACACCGUCGAUUCACUCUCGCAAUCGCAAGACCUAGCGUCGGCAAUACUCGCAGCUUCGACGCCGUCGAAUAUCUCCGCGGCUUGCUCUUCCGUGGAAUCGUUUCUUCACUCGCAUACGCCUGAUCAGUGCCGCCAUUUCUUCUCCAUCACCUUCCCGAGCUUAAUCUGCAAGAUCUUCGGCUUCGGCGACGCAACCGCUCCAUCUCCGGCGCAGUCGUCUUCCCCGCCGAACGGUUGGAUCGAUGUAAUCUCAGCGGCUAACGACUCAGAUCUAUCGGGAAGAGUCUUCUCUCUCUUAUCCCCUAGUGGAAUACUCAUGAGCUCUAUCUUUGCCGUCGAUAAGCUCUCUCUUGUUAAAUACGUUUUCCCUACCGAACGUUUACCUGAGUACGCUCGGUUCAUGCUAUCAAGCGAGAAAGAUCGAACCGCGUUAUCUAAUUUGUGCCCCUUUCUGAAAGGUAAAAUCGAGGAAGGUGCAUCGUGUGAAGUUCGGGUCAAUGUUUUCGAGUAUUACAUGUUUUGGCUCUCCUAUUAUCCGGUUUGUAGAGGAAACAACGAGAGUUCGUCUAUGAAUAUGAUUCCCAUUCCAAAGAAAAAGAUGUCUAGGUUAGAGAGCUGGACGCGUAUCAAAGGCUUUCCAGGGAGUAGCAAGCGUGAUUCAGAUCAGAAGGUGGAGUGUAAUCUCUACGUGAAGAUUCUUUACUCCUAUCUGAAAGCGUUUGUUCCUGUUUUUUAUUUGAACGCGCACCAGCCUUAUCGUAGCUCUCUUUUGCAAUACGGAAAUGGAUUUGAUGGGUCUUUAAUGGCGAGAGCUGAGUUCUUGGUGAGUCUGUUUGUUCACUAUUGGAUUGUUGAGAAUGACUUUUCACCGUUUCCUGUUGUUACGGCUAAGUCUUUUGGUGUUGCGCCUCCGCCUACUUGUGGGUUGGAAGAAGUUGUGAAGUUGCUUGUCAAGUAUCUGAAUUUGAGCUGGGUUACAAGUGGUGUUGGGAGUGAAAACUACAUUGAGUAUGGCGAGAGUCCACGGUGGAAGACACCGAGUUCAGGAUCAUCAUUCCAUGUCGCUAAUUUGAGCCUCAGGCCGCUCACUUCCUGGAAUACCCAUUUACAGAGGCCUCUUUAUCGGUAUAUAUUGAGGAGUUUCUUGUUCUGCCCCAUUGGGAGUUCUAUUAAGAAUGCAUCUCAGGUGUUCUCUAUAUGGGUUGCGUACCUGGAACCAUGGAUGAUCAGUUUGGAUGAUUUCUCAGAUCUCGAAGCUGCUUUAAAUGGAUCUAUAAAAGAUGCUAAAAAGGAAGAGUCUUAUGAAUCACGUGGUUGUGGAUACACGUCUUUGUGGCAGAGCUAUGUGAUAUCAAAUUAUCUCUACUACAGUUCUCUGGUUAUGCAUUUUAUUGGCUUUGCGCACAAGUUCCUUCACACAGAUCCAGAAACAAUAACUCAGAUGGUUCUGAAGGUGAUGAGUAUAUUGACAUCGUCCAAAGAUCUUUUGGUUCUGAUGAAGAAUAUUGACAAAACCUUUCACUCUAAACAAACUGGACCAGGAAAUUCAACAGUGAACGAGCUCUCUAGAUUUGUUCCUUCUAUCCGUGAGCAGUUGAAGGACUGGGAAGAUGGGCUGUGCGAGAGCAAUGCUGAUGGGUCAUUCUUGCAUGAAAACUGGAACAAGGACCUGAAACUCUUUAAUGAUUGCGAAGAUGGCGGGCAACAACUGCUUCAGCUAUUCAUUCUGCGCGCAGAAGCCGAACUGCAAGCUGUGCCAGAGAAAAACCUCUCGGAAGCCUUAAAAUGCGUAGAUUCACUAAAACAAGUGGUGUCAAACUUCUUUGGCGGGCAUGUCAUAAAACCAAUCGCUUUUUCCUUAGAGAUGGACCAUCCCCAGAAAAACCGCGAUGAGCUCUUCAAGCCACGCGGUGCUAGGAACCAAAUGGCAAGCAGUGUGAAGUACAAAGGAGACUGGAUGACCCGUCCCGUGUCAGAAGACGAGGUUGCAUGGAUGGCUAAGCUACUAAUCAACAUCUCCAUCUGGCUCAACGAACGUCUCGCGCUAGACAAACCUGUGACCAACAAUGACAAGAAGGAGAAUUCAGAGUCGGUGUCGUAUGUAGACGUAUCUGAGGUGGAUGCGAGGAACGUUGCUGGAGCUGGAGAUGCGGGGAGGAUGAUACUGCGAGGGGUGGUGAUAAUGUGUGGUUCGGUGUUGCAGCUGAUGAGAAAAUAUGGUGUUCGAGUCAACCUCCGGGUCAUGGCGUCCAAGAAGUUUCUAACGCUUUUAUUUCUAUAUGUCGUGUUUGUUGUACUCAAAAGGUUUGUCACUAGGAUGAUUUGGUAGAAAGUCCCAAGUAUAGUAUGUAAUGGCCAAUGGGUAUAGCACAUUGAUGACCCUCCUCUUGGAUUUUGUUGUCGCCUUCUUCAGUUAGUUUUGAUAUCAAUAGGUGAACGUAUGAUCCGGCCAAUUGGUGAUACUUAGAUUUAUGAUUGCUCAACCUAAUAUUGAGAAACUUCUCCUUGGUCAUACUUUUCUGAGAUGAUGCGAUUACGCCACUAAUAAGCAAUGUUACGUCUCUAUCAAUCUUGUGUUAUCUUAUAAGUGAUCAUGUGAUGCAGAGUCAGCAAGAUACGAUUACACCUUUCCAGAUUCUUGGUGGUGAAGCUCAAGUUGUUCAGAUGAAAGAGCUUUGAUGUUUUCAUUUUGCGUUUGUAUGCCAUAUCCUCAAUUUAGUUCUUAAAAUCGUUUCUUGGCAGAUAAUGUUAAAAGUCAGAGGAGAGAGUCAUUGCUAAGCCUGGUACUUCCCCCUGAAAAUGACUUGUCUAUUCAGUUUAUUUACUAUUGAUUUGUGUUACUAAUUUGUUUUACGGUAUUGUAGGUUCCAUGUGCUACAUGUCUGGGUCCGUUGAGAUGGAAAAUACAUAUACUCCUGAACAAGAAGUUGGAGUCUUGCAGUGGAUUUUGGGCAAGAGUGUAAGCAGUGUAGUUCUUCGGAAUACGGGGCUAAACGAUGGAUUUGUGGGUAUUGCUGCACCUUAUUUGGCUAGGAUUCUCCUAAUACGGUAUCGUGGAGCAAGUCCUUGGCAGUGGAUAUGAGACCAUUCAUUGCUUCUUUUUACCAGUUUUUCAGCCAAUGUAGGCGUUUCUUCAUUGAUGAGGAGAAGAAAGUCGUUGUUGUUAUUAGUAAAGACGAUGAUAAAACUAGAAACAUAGCUUACAUGAUUAGUGGAGAAGAUGGAUACUUUAUAGAGGUGUAUCUUGGAGAAAUUAGGCACACUUAUUAUUGGCCACUUGUGUGUUCUUAUGUUCCAAGUUCCACCCAUAUAAAUCAUCCUUUUUGUUAACUUGUGUUGAUUAUUUACCGCAACUGUAAUAUUACUUUCUCGAAUGCUUACUUAUAUACUAGUUAGUUAUUAAAAAGCAA